UUACAAGAUGGCGCCCCGUGGACGUUAGCGAGGAGGCCGAUUGAGUUUGUGUUGUGUUUCCCCUCCUCCUCUCCUUCAACCGAGGGGGGAGCUUUCCCUUUCGAGUUGGGUGCCGUGGACGGGAGCAUGCCUAGGAAGUAGGAGCAGUCGCCGCCGAUACUUUUCGUCCCUCGGGUUGGCUCCUCUGUCCCGUUGUAACAUGCGGGCGCCAGCGAAGUUGUCAGGCUAGGAAGGAAAACACCGAGGCGCUUCUUCGCUUGGCUUGUUAGCGUCCAGCUAGCCUAGCCUGCUAGCUCCUCCACAUUUCCCCCGUUCACAAUGUCGGACACUCGGCGGCGGGUGAAAGUUUAUACGCUCAACGAAGACCGCCAGUGGGACGACCGGGGCACUGGGCACGUUUCGUCCACGUUUGUGGAACGACUCAAGGGAAUAUCUUUACUAGUUCGGGCUGAAUCCGACGGGUCACUACUGUUGGAGUCGAAGAUUAGCCCCAACACUGCAUAUCAGAAACAACAAGACACGCUGAUCGUCUGGUCUGAGGCGGAUAAUUAUGACCUGGCUUUGAGCUUCCAGGAGAAAGCGGGCUGCGAUGAGAUCUGGGAGAAGAUUUGCCAGGUGCAAGGGAAGGACCCCGCCCUGGACAUCACCCAGGAUCCCAUCGACGAGUCCGAAGAGGAGCGUUUCGAGGAGAUCCCCGAGACGAGCCACCUGGUGGAGCUCCCGCCCUGCGAGCUCAGCCACCUGGAGGAGAUCGCAGACCUGGUGACGUCGGUGCUGUCCUCGCCCAUCCGCCGGGAAAAACUGGCCUUGGCCCUCAUGAGCGAGAGCUACCUCAAGAAACUGCUGGGCCUCUUCCGAGUGUGCGAGGACUUGGACAACCGGGAAGGCCUGCACCACCUGUACGAGAUCGUCCGCGGCGUGCUCUUCCUCAACAAGGCCGCCCUCUUCGAGGUGAUGUUCUCCGACGACUGCAUCAUGGACGUGGUGGGCUGUCUGGAGUACGACCCGGCGCUGGUGCAGCCCAAGCGCCACCGUGAGUUCUUGACCAAGACGGCCAAGUUCAAGGAGGUGAUCCCCAUCACGGACUCUGAGCUGCGGCAGAAGAUCCACCAGACGUACCGCGUGCAGUACAUCCAGGACAUCAUCCUGCCCACGCCGUCAGUCUUCGAGGACAACUUCCUCUCCACGCUCAACUCCUUCAUCUACUUCAACAAGGUGGAGAUUGUCAGUAUGUUGCAGGAGGACGAGAAGUUCCUCACUGAGGUUUUUGCGCGGCUCACGGACGAAGGCACAGAGGACAGUAAAAGACGAGAACUUGUGAACUUCGUCAAGGAGUUCUGCGCUUUCUCACAGACGCUACAGCCUCAAAACAGAGACGCUUUCUUCAAGAUGCUAGCCAAUCUCAGCAUUUUGCCCGCGCUGGAAAUAGUCAUGGGAAUGGAUGACCUGCAGGUGAGGGCGGCAGCCACAGACAUCUUCUCCUAUCUGGUGGAAUUCAGCCCCUCUAUGGUCCGAGAGUUUGUCAUGCAGGAACUACAGCAGCCCGACGAUGUAAGCAUCGGACAACAAGCAGAAGAAAGAGAGAAAGAUGUGCUGCUCAUCAACGUGGUGAUCAAGCAGAUGAUCUGCGACUCGGACCCCGAGUUGGGCGGCGCCGUCCAGCUGAUGGGGCUUCUGCGGACGCUAAUCGACCCCGAGAACAUGCUGGCUUCCACCAAUAAAACGGAGAAGACCGAAUUCCUGAGUUUCUUCUACAAGUACUGCAUGCACGUUUUAACCGCUCCUCUGCUUGCCAACACGGUGCUUGACAAAAAUUUAAAAGAUUUGCAAGAGGGAUCCACCAAGAGCAACCCUGUGUGUCCAGAUAACUUUCAGACAGCACAACUGCUGGCUCUGAUCCUGGAGCUGCUCACCUUUUGCGUGGAGCACCACACGUAUCACAUCAAGACCUACAUCAUGAACAAAGACCUGCUGAGGAGGGUGCUGGUGCUCAUGAACUCCAAGCAUACCUUCCUCGCUCUCUGUGCAUUGCGUUUCAUGCGGCGGAUCAUCGGCCUGAAGGACGAGUCCUACAACCGCUACAUCAUCAAAGGGAACCUGUUUGAGCCGGUCAUCAACGCGCUGCUGGACAACGGCACGCGAUACAAUCUCCUCAAUUCGGCCAUCAUCGAGCUCUUCGAGUUCAUCAAAGUGGAGGACAUCAAGUCCCUUAUUGCUCACAUUGUGGAUAACUUCUACAAAGCUCUUGAGCCCAUCGAGUACGUGCAGACCUUCAAGGGCCUGAAGGGCCAAUACGAGCAGGAGAAAGACAGACAGAGUCAGAAACUCACCAGCAGGUACCGGCGAGAGGCUCGCUCAUUGGACGAGGAUGAAGAGCUGUGGUUCAACGAGGACGAAGACGAGGAGGAGGCGGAGGCUGUGGAGAAGAGCCGGAUGGAAGACGACUACUCGGACGGCUACGGCAAGUACAUGGAGGCCAAAAAAGGCGCAGCUAACGGCGCAAACAACGGCAAAGCUGUGGCGCUGCCUCCCACCUCGCCCCCCGCCACCCCCAACAACAGCUCCGCGUCCUCGGUCAAGACGGUCGCACUUACCGCCUCGCCAGUAGUGAAGACCGCUCUGGUCGGUUUGGUGGACUACCCCGACGAUGAGGACGAAGAGGAGGUAGAUGAAGAGGAGGAAGAAGAGCAAUCCCCCAGGAAGCGUCCUCGUCUCAGCUCUUAGCACCCCGGAACAAAGUCUGGCGCAGUCGCCCUUUCCGCACAAAGAAUUGGAUGGACCAUCUCCCUCUUCUCCAGACCCUCACUGACCCUUAACUUCUCUUCCUCAUCAUCAAAGUGCCAAGGCCCUUCCCUGUACUGGCUCUGUUGCUGUAGCCAACGGAAGCCGCCGGCGUGCCCAAAGGGAAGCGGCUCACAGGUUGACAAAACGGCGGACGCCGGCGAAUGAACUGUGCCACAGGCCAGUCAGGCUAGCAGGACUAGCCCCCCCAGAACCCCACCCCACACAGUUGUUAGGACGCUUGACUGGCCGUUUGCGGAAAGGACUGGACAUCCACAGGAACAGAACACACACAACCAAGGAUCCCAGAUGUGUUACAAAAAGUACUGUCCAGAUGUCGUCCGUCCCCCCUCCUGUUUAAUCAUUUGCCCGCCCCAUUUUGAAACGGGGACAACGACGACCAUCCGCCCUGUGCUUUUUUUUUUGUUUUGUUUUUUUAGCACAACGGUGGCGUUGUUGUUCUCCCUUUUGGUCUAGUUCAUUUGAUUCAAUGUAAAGAUGAACAUGGUGUUUAAAAAAAAAAAAGAGAGAGAGAAAAACAGAGAGAGUAAAUGAAAUGAAAACUGCAGUAAAGUUGUUUUUUUGCAGCCAACUUUUGCGAAUGUUUGUUUUGUAUUCUUAGGGAGCUAACGCUGCUAAAUUUGCAUUUUAUUGUUGAAAGGAAAUUAAUUUAAAAGCAAACUGUUGAUUCCUUUGACCAGUUUUGUAGCUCUAAAUGAAUUUCAAUCUCAUUUGAUACACAUUUUGAUACAAAUUUCA